AUGAGGCGGUUAGACCGCAAGUUUGGAGGCGACCAACGACAGCUGUCGCUGCAGUACGAGCAAGUCGAGGCCUGCCCAAUCAUUCGUUCCGGCCGAGCAGGAGAUCUCCAGAAGUUUGCAGAUCUCCUCGACGUACUCGUGGUCAACCUCCUCGACUCCGGAAAAGGCAAUGAGCUGGGUGAUGGGCUGUUGUACCGGAAGCUCCUGGCCAAGUUGCCGGCUGGGAUGUUAACCCAAUUCAAUCGAUGGUGUCAUCAGAAGCCCUGCCAGCCAGGAAUUCAAGCACUACUGGAGUGGGUGACGUUGGAAGCGGAGUUUGCCGUUGGAGCGUCCGAAGCACUAGAUGGAGUUGGUGCGAAGGACAAGCCUCCGGCACCCCGAAAUGCUCCUCAACGAUCCUACUUCGGGGGAAAGGCUUCGCAGAAUGCAGGGUGGUCAAGGCCUGCGGGCUCAGCGGCUGGACGAUCUUCAUGUCGGCAAUGUGGCGGACCUCACGGUGUCUGGCAGUGUAAAGCAUUUCAGCAGCUUUCCGUCGCCAAUCGCUGGAGACAGGCUAAACAGCAUGGUCUGUGCUACCGCUGCCUUGGAGGCGAUCACCAAGGUCACCACUGUCCACGAACCAGACCCUGCUCAGUGAGCGGCUGCAACAACAAUCACCACUACUUGCUACACCGGGACUUGCUACACGAGGACAGCAGGAACCCCGAUGCCGCACAGUCAAACAAGAAAAAAUCGGGGAACACGGCAGCUGGAGGAAUGACGGCGGACAAGUCCCAACUCAGUCCUGCCGAACAAUUCUGCAACUAUGGAGACAAUGGUUCAGGUCAGGAGACAGGGGACCAGGUAUUGCCUCCCGCCAUCGACUGUUUAGUAACGCCGCCAUACGCCGGUAAAGACCAAGAGCAGCGCACCCCACAGUCGUUCACCGAGGGGGAGACGGAGUCCACGAAGAGUGAUUCCACCAUGAUGGUCCAAGGCCCGGGCAAGAUAGCUCUGCGAACGGUCUCAGUCGUCUUGGAGAACGGCCACAAGUCAGUGCAAGUGAAUGCGUUGCUGGACGACGGUAGCACGACGAGCUACCUCAACGGCAGCAUUGCCAACCAGCUCGGCGUCAGCGGGGAGCUGAGGACAUUCACAGUCCACACCUUGAAUGGCAAGCAGACCUCAUUCACAACCAGACCAGUAAGCUUCACCAUUGGCAGCAUGGAUGGCAGUGUUCGACAAUCUAUGACGGCGCUGACGGCUGAUUCGGUCACCGGGAAUCUUCGUCCGGUAGAGUGGGUCAAGGAAGCAGUCAAGUAUCCUCAUCUGAGAGAGAUUCCGUUCGCAAGACUGGCGGAGCCCGCCAGGGUCGAUCUGCUGAUUGGGAGCGACUAUGCUGAGCUGCUUGUGUCACAGCAGGAAGUGGUCGGCCCGCCUGGUCAACCAGUGGCGCGUCAUACUCCACUGGGUUGGACCUGUGUUGGCAGAGUGACGGGAACCCACUCGAGUCAAAGGACGUUCCACAGCCAAGCGUUUCAGAGUGAGGAGAGAGCAACACCAACCGGCUUAGAGACCGCGCUACAGCAGUUCUGGCAAAUUGACAGCUGCGGCACGGAGGAGAGCUUCAGUGAGCCCGGCCCGCGCUCGCGGGAGGAAGAGACAGCCCUAGACAUCGUCAAACACUCGCUGAAGAAGGUGGACGGUCGGUACCAGGUGUCUCUGCCGUGGAACAAUCGCAAGAGAGAAUUAUGCAACAACUUGGGUGCGGCUACGAAACGUCUAGGCCACACCGAGCGCAAGCUCCUGAAAGACCCAUUUGUUGCCCAGGCUUAUGGCCAAGUCUUCCAGGCCUACCAGAGGAACGGCUAUAUCCGGGAGCUCGCGAAGGAAGAGCUAGGUCAAGAGGUAUGCUGGUACUUAUCCCACUUUCCCAUCGUCCGACCGCAGAAGACGACAACCAAGGUGCGGAUCGUCUUUGACGCUGCAGCAUCCCGUCAUGGCCUCAGCCUCAACGACGCCAUCUACCCUGGUCCGAAGCUCCAACGUGAGUUGUUCGAUGUGUUGACCAGGUUUCGGCAAAAGCCUAUAGCAGUGGGCUGUGACGUGACCGAAAUGUAUUUGCAGGUGUCGGUUGCGCCAGCAGACAGGAAGUACCUCAGAUUCGUGUGGCGGGACCUGGAUCCAGCCAAGCCUUUACGGCACUUUGAGUUCAACCGCCUGGUCUUUGGCGUCAAUGCUGCACCAUUCAUCGCCCAGUAUGUUGCUCAGCAGACAGCCCGGGAACAUUUGGCGUCUCAUCCCCUGGCAGCAGAAGCUAUCCUCGCGUCCACCUACAUGGAUGACACGAUGGACAGCACCAAAGAUGUCGAACAAGGUCAGAUUCUUCAUCGGGAGCUAAUGGAUCUGUGGGGUGAGGCCAAGAUGACGCCGCGCAAGUGGGUGUCCAACUCGCCCGAGCUCCUGAGGGUAAUUCCAGCCGAGGCUCGCGCUACCCAGCUGGACUUAUCCCAAGGAGAGCUACCAUCCGUGAAGACGCUAGGAGUGUCAUGGGACGGUCAGGCAGACUGCUUCUUCUUCAGCGUUCAACCGCCAGACCUCACCAACCAACGCAUCACCAAGCGAUUCCUCCUAGCAAAAGUCGCGUCCGUAUUCGACCCGUUGGGGUUUCUGGCACCGUUCGUGACCCAAGCCAAGAUCCUCAUGCAAGAGAGUUGGGUAGCUGGUAUUGACUGGGAUGAACCGGUUCCAGAUGGCAUCGACACCAGCGCUCGCCAGUGGUUCAAUGACCUGGCGAAGCUCAGUUUAGUUCGAGUACCAAGAUGUCUCAUCCCGGACGUGGCCAGUGGAGUGACGCUGCAUGUUUUCUGUGAUGCGUCGAGUGUGGCGUAUGGUGCCGUGGUCUACAGCUCCACCGUGCAGCGUGGCUCUGAGGGAAACGUUCGUCUCGCUGGAGCCAAGAGCAGAGUGGCGCCGACAAGAACACAAAGUAUCCCCCGGCUGGAAUUGCUGGCGGCUGUGCUUGGCCUUCAGCUGGCCCGGAAGUUCAGUCAGAUCAUGACCAUUGCCAUGUCAGAGGUGAUUUUCUGGAGCGACAGUGCAACUGUGCUGCUCUGGAUUCGCAGCUACAGCCAACGUUUCAAACCGUUUGUGGCGAAUCGCAUCAGCCACAUCCAGACUGUUACGUCGCCCAGUCAAUGGCGGUACGUUCCCUCCAGCGACAACCCAGCUGACUUGGCGUCACGGGGAGCUGGGGUAGAGCAACUGGUUGCAACUGAGCUGUGGUGGCAAGGACCGGCCUUCCUGCAGAAAGAAGAAUCUGAAUGGCCAGCCAAGAUCGUGGGUGGCCAAGACCCAGCUGCCCGAGCGGAAGCUCGCAAGGCUGCACAGCCCGAGGUGAUGUCAUUUAUGUCCGAGAAAGUACCCAGCUUGUGCUCUCGGCGCUUCUCAGACUGGACGCGCGUAGUCAGAGUACGGGCUUGGGCAAUUCGCUUCAUCACCAACUGCCGUGGAGGUGAGGAGUUGAGCGGAGAGCUAACCGGCGAGGAGAUGGACGCUGCCAGCCUUUCCAUCAUCAAAGAGGCACAGCACGAGGCAUUCGCGGAGGAUCUGAAGCUAGUGAAGAAUGGUCAACCACUUCCGCUGAAGUCACGUUUGGCGAGGUUAUCGCCUCGACUGGACGACGACGGACUAUUGCGCUGCGAUGGUUGCACCAAGCUGGCUGACUGGUUGCCGUUUGAUGUGCGCUUCCCGAUUCUUCUCCCCCGGAAACAUCCGACCACCCGGCUUAUUGUCAAAGAUUGCCAUGAGCAACGUCAUCAUGGCGGGACGAAUGAAACGUUGGCAGCUCUCUCUGAUCACUAUCUUGUUGAAGCAGCACGGGAGGAGAUCCGUGACUGGGAGAAAGACUGCAUGGUGUGUCGACGACUAAAAGCCCGUGCGGGAGAGCAAAUCAUGGCCCCGUUGCCAGCAAAGCGAUUGUGUGAGCCACUGAGAGCCUUCAGCAGGGUAGCCGUUGACUACGGAGGGCCGUUCGAAACUAUGCAGGGGAGAGGAAAGACUCGCCACAAACGCUAUCUGUGCCUCUUCACGUGUUUGCUGACUCGUGCGGUCCAUUUGGAGAUGGCGUACGCAUUGGAUGCAAAUUCUUUCCUGAACGCCUUUAACCGGAUGGCCAACCGACGAGGUUGUCCAAUGGAGGUUCUGUCGGACAAUGGAGGCAACUUCGUGAAUGCCGACCGCCAGCUACGUGAGCUUGUUGGCCAACUGAACAAUACCACCGUCCGGAAAGCCAUGGCCUGCAGACGCGUGAAAUGGAGUUUCAACCCGCCAUUAGCUCCUCAUUUCGGGGGAGUUCACGAGGCAAUGAUUCGAGCCGCCAAACGAGCUCUACACGCCAUCCUUGGAGACGCAUCUGUGACGGACGAGGAGUUGGUCACCGCUCUCAGCGGAGCAGAGUCCCUCGUCAACUCCAGGCCCAUCACCUACCAAUCGGCUAGUCCGAAGGAUCCAGGGCCGCUAACUCCGAACCAUUUCCUUCAUGGCAUGGCCGAGGGCCAGCUGGUUAUUGCAACAACGGACGAGAAGGGGUGUCAACUGCAGAGACGUUGGAGAUAUGUUCAAAUGCUCAUCGACCAUUUCUGGCAUCGCUGGCUGAAAGAGUUUGUCCCACGGUUGAAUCAGCGGAUGAAGUGGCGACACCAGCGACGCGAUCUGGCCGUUGACGACGUUGUCCUGGUGAUGGAUUCAAGCUCCCCGCGAGGGCGUUGGCCGCUCGGCAGAGUCACGGAAGUUUUCCCUGGUCCGGACGGACAUGUGCGUGUGGUGGCCAUGCAAGUGGGCUCUGAAGAGAUCCAUCACUCGAGUCUGUCCACUGGAAUGUUAGACGGCUCUCCCUACAUGCCAGAAUGGAGUAUCAUGGCUAGCUUUCGUGCCGUACAACAGCGCGUGUGCGGUGGCUACGCCUCUGCUGUUUUGCCAGCUGACAGUGCUGCAUAA